AUGAUAACUGAUAAUGCUCCAAACUUAAAGAAACUAACUAAAGAUGCGUUGUUGACUCGUGACGUUUUCGGAAGAACCGUGCUCCAUGUAUCUAUAUUACUGAAUGACCCCGAGUCUUUGAACCAGCUUACAAAGAACCCUAGCUUCAAAUUUGUUCUACAUGCUUGUGACUAUGAAAAUGGAUGGAAUUGUAUGCACUAUAUCAUUUUUUAUAAAAGACUACAAUGCUUCAAUAUAUUGAUUCAAUACUUACAUACCAGCUUAGGCAAUUUGUUUGCGCCGAAUGGAGCCCUCAUUGAGUUGCUUAAGUGCAAGGAUCGGUGUGGGUAUACUUGCAUGCAAUUGGUGGAUCACAAUCUUUCGAGUGUCCAUUCACUUCCGAAAUACAUAGAUGUUCUUGAUGGUUAUAAUUGGAGAAGCAAGGGCGAGACGGGUUCAAACGCUAAGCGAUUGCUUUUGAGUACAGAUAUUUCAAAGGAUGAGGAGUAUGACAUUGAUGAGUUCCAACUGUCUGAUAAUAUACGAGGUGGUUCUGAUAUUUAUGUGAUCGGGUGCAACAGCAAUAGCCAAUUAGGUCUUGGAGAUUCAAAGGAUAGAUCACAACCUUUAAAAGUUUUUGACGAUGCGUUCAUUUGCGAACAAAAUGAGUCCGAAAUUCUAGCUGAGAGGUUUUGUAAGCCGAGGUACAAGAAGAUGGUCAUUUCAAAAAACCAUGCUGCAAUUAUUACUGUUGAUGGGGAUGUAUUCACCUGUGGUGUUGGAUCUAGAGGAAGGUUGGGCCACGGUUCUGAUAAUUUGACAAGCUCAUUCAAGUUUAGGAGAGUUGAAUUUUUCCAUAAUGAAUCGAAAACGGUACAGGAUAUAGCUAUUUCGAACAAUCAUUCAAUUGUUCUAACUAGUGAUGGUGACGUGUAUGCAUGGGGGAUGAACGGCUUUAACCAACUAGGUGUCAAUACUCCAUCUACAAAAGCUAUCAACAAUUACUUGGAUGAUUGGAUUGCUACACCUGUAUUAGUUGCUGGAGAGUUGAGAAAAAAUAAAUCCAGGAAGCUUUUAGGUGUAGAUGUAUCCAAAAUUCAUUCCGUCACUUGGACAAAGAAUGAAUUGUAUUUUUGGGGAUUGAAUGUGGGCCAAAUGGGGAUUCAACGCAUUCGUGACGACAUUGAAGUUAAGUUACAUGACGAAUCUGUAAAGGGGGAAGUUCAAACAUCUCCAAGGAGCACAAAUCUAAGAGAUGAAAUUAAAUGCGUCAGCACCACAGAGCUAUGUACUUGUGUGGUAACGGAACUCAACGAUAUUCAUGUAUACUACAAUUUUCAACAUUACAAAUUGCCCAAGGUCCCUGUAAAGGGAUUGGGGGAUAAAAACUUUGAUUUGUUCAAACCUCGGCGGUUAACCGAAGGAACAGUGAUUAUAAAGAUUAUCACCCGAGGUCCCAAUAGCUCUAUGGUGUUAUUGUCGAAUGGUUCCAUCAUGAGCUUCUCAUUGAAUUCUACUGACGUCAAAAACACCAAGUAUGUUAAUGUUUGGAAGCCACAGAACGAAGAUAUGAAGGUAGUUGAUUUUGAUAUGGGAACUGAUGGAUCCGUUGUCUUAUGUACAAAAGCUGGGAUAGUAUUUUUGAAGCUUAACCAGUCUAGUCAAAGGCGAAAUUCAAUGAGCGGGGCCGUCUUGCCCAUCCUGGUUAAUAAACACAAAUUUAAAAAGAUUGAAAAUGUCAAUAGGAUUGUGCAAGUGACUUGUGAUCCAAAAUUUUUAUCGUUUGGGUUCAUACGAGACGAGAUCGAUUUGUUACCAAUGGAGCUUCACAUCAAUGAUUUUAUUAGUGAUGUACAUCAGCUAUCUCCUAUGUCUGACAUGGACUUGUACAGAAAGCAAGAUCAGUUAAUGGAUACUGGAACAGAUAGUGCUCACAGCGAGCAGAAUGAAAUUAAUUGGAGUUUAAUGCAAACGGAGAAGUACUUGUCCCAAAAGUUUGGAUCACAGGAAAACGAUAGUGAGGGUCGGGAUAAGCUUUAUGAUGCCAGUAUAAAACUUGAUGACCUGAAGAGCAUCUUCUUUCACAAGGACUUUCUUCAAAGUGUUUCAACCAAGUUCAGUGAGUUGAUCGAGGAGCAGGGAAACAUGAUUAUAGAAAAACGCUUUCAUGCUAAGUGGAACUCCAUCGAUUCUUGUUUGGAGGUUGGAUCUAAAACAAAAUUUCUUUCUGUACUAUUAUUUAUGCAAAGUGUUUACAUGGGUACUAAAGUGGAUUUAUGGUCCAGCUUUGGGUCACGCCUGAAAGUCCCGGACAACUUAAAGUUAGUUUUUGAUGAGUUUGACGAUCUAUGCAGCUUGUUUCGAGUAAGUUUCGGUUCAAAACAACUUCGACUAGGAUUUACUAAUAUGCUAUCAACGUCAUCCGGAUCUGUCAAGUUUGAUUUAAAGGAUGGGUAUAUGUUUGCUCAUGCAUAUAUUCUCAGGGUGAGAUCGGCAUUUUUUGAAACAAUUUUAUCUGAGAGGUGGGGAAUUUCGUCCCCCAUGGUUCUUGAUUUUACAGGGCUAACUAAAUCACAAAUGGGAAUUGUGUUAAGACAUCUAUACGGUGUUGAAGAUAAGGAUUUGUUAAACUGUUAUAAAUUCAAGUUUGAUGAAUGUGAGACAUUCAUAAAUGAAGCACUUGAGAUGAUUGAAAUUGCUGAUGAGUUGUUGUUGUUCCAAUUGAAGGCAGUGUUUGAAAUUGCAGUUGCUGAGUUGAUUUCGAUGCAGAAUGUAUUGUCAUUGGUCGUUAAUGCCGAUUACAUUUCCGCAAAUAAGUUGUUUUCACAGUGCUGUUGGUUUAUUCAUCAUAAUCUUGAAGUGCUUCUUUAUGACCCGAUGUUUCAAAGCAUUCCCAUGGAAAUCGUGGAAAAGAUUGAACAUUGCUUCGAAUUUGAAACAAAUGAUAAGGAUGAAUUCUGCAAACUGUUCUCAAGCUCGAUAUCUGCCACUCGUUUUGCUUCUGAUUUGAAUCUGCACAAUGAAUACUACAUGAGUGACCGAAAGGGAUUUUCCUCAUUUGAACCAUUGGUUGAUCCACGAUUGGAAGUGAAGAAACCGAAAGAGCCCACAAAGAGAAGAAAGUCAAGAAAGAGCUCUACUUUGAAUGCAGAUAUCGUGGAUUUCAGAAAGAAUUUGGUUGUUGAAAGUAACAGAGAUUCGCCAACUGUUAUUGAAGAAGCAGUUGAAAAUGAAUUUAUUGAAGUUUCAAAAAAAUCAAGGUCCAGGUCGCAGAUAAAAACAAAUCCACAACCACAGAUAAAAGAUCUGAGCCCACCUUUGAGAGAGCAAACAAAGAAUGAUGGUAAAUCUACUAUGCAGAGGAAGACUAGUACUAGCGACUCGCUUAACAAGUUUGCUCAAAUCACUUCGCAAGCAGCGUUAUCACCUCGCUUGACAUGGGCAACUUCACCCCCUUCCACGUCACAUUCACAAGCUCAGAGGUCGGGUUCGAAAUCACCCGAGCCUUUUGCAUUGAUGGGUAAUGCAAAUGACUCGAAACAAUUUAAACCUAAAAUGGGACCUCAUGUGAAACUAUCUCAAAAGGAAAGGAAAAAAUUGGCUGCGGCUACUGCAGCGUCGGUGUUCAAUGAAAAUAUGGAGGCUACUUCAAAGCAAAAGCAAACUGAUGUAGCACCAUGGGCAGCUAUAACCACUGAAAAACCACCAUCUGCUCCCUCUGUAAACUUCCCAGCCUUGGAUGACAAGAGGGUAAAGUCACCAAUUAGCGCUCCAUCAACGAAGUCGUCAUCCAAGUCAACUCGUGAUCUUGCCUCGCCAAUGAUCCAUGCAAAUUCGUCCACCUCCUCGCUUUCCAGUAUUUAUUCCACACCAUCAUUAGCUGAAGUCAUGCGUGGUGAAUCACUGCGAGUAGAAUAUACCCAAGAAAACAAUACACCUAAGAAGUCAUUAGCUGAAAUUCAACAGGAACAAGAAUUCGAGAAGUGGUGGCAAGAAGAAUCUCGCAAAGUACAACAAGAGAUUGGUGGAUUGAAAAUCGACAACAAGAAACAAAAUAGUAAAAAGAGAGUAGAAAAUGGAUAUCGUGGUACUUUUCCCAGAGGCCAAAAUGGAGCCAAGAAGGAUAAGGUCAAGUCGAAGGCAACCACUACGGAAUCAAUGGAAACUAAAAGGAAAUUGUCCAAUGGUAUGUAA